UGCCCGCUAAAUAGCGGCCUUGUAUGGACCUACAGGUUGUCCAUGUAGAGGUGAGAGUCCAUUUAAAAACAUGUAAUAUGUUGUAGAGUUUUUUCAGUUGAAAUUCAUUUCCAUAGAAAUUGGUUAAAUUGCUCUUUAUUCCUGCAGUGACAUCUGAGAGUCCAGUCCAUCCAUAGACAGGCUUCUGGUGAGGAAGAAAGCCCCUGAUUUCCAUGCUGCAUUGGGUUGAACAGUUCAGCAAUACAAAGCCUCUCUCCUGCCUGCCCUGAGAGUUGUGACCAAGUCGGUUGACUCCCGAACCAAGUGUUCCCUCUUUUUCUUUUCCAGGUCGGUGCCUUUUUGGUCAAGAAACAUGGAAGUAAUUCACGGCAGGUCCUGCUGUUGCAGGGAGCUUGAAGGAGAUGACCUGCUAUCAGACAACUUUUGCUCUAAUGAAAUACACACUCCACUACAAACACCUGCUCGCCCAACUGCCUCAGAGGACAGGUAUCAGGAAUUGAGGGAGUCACUCCAACAAUGCAGGCUUCCCUGGGGUGCUGAUAGGGAGUAUGGUGGGAUAAUACCAAUUUCACUCCCUGAGGAACACAGGCCAAAGUGUGAACCUCCUCGUGUCAUGGGUAAAGGACAUCAGCAUUAUGGAUUUGGUGGAGAAACCUGGCACAGAAAGCUUCCUAUUGAACAAUUCUAUUAUUUGACGCAGAACAAAAAAAGUGACAUCUAUGGAAAUGAUUCUUUGAUUCCCAAACCACCUAAUGCUAUGGUACAAGAAAUCUGCUGCCCGUAUCCAGUUGAGCACCCCUACAACACCCAUAUCUCUCGCUGUGCCAUGUUCCCGACCUUCACAUCGCCCAAGGAGCUCUACACUGGCAUCAAAGCACGCAGCCAACAGCCAUUUCCCCCAACUGUUCCAACGAAGGCUUACGAUAAAACAGUUUUGAAGACAAGAGGUAAUCCUUAUAGAUACGAACUGGUUGAUUUUCCCUCGGAUUCAAAGAAGAAAGCCUUGACUUGGCCUGGUCAGGGUGUAUAUUAUGAUUUUCCUAAAUGUGUUGAGAAAAAUAAGCCAGUGUUCUACCCAAAACCUCCUAAAACCUUCGCUCCUAACACUUCUUUAAAUUCGUGGGAUCCUAUUAACUCUCUAAAAGAAGCCAACAUACAAAGAAAUCUUGAGAGGUCCCACUGGAUCACUUCGUACACUCAUGAUUUUACAGGUCUAGGGUCCAUGAAUCCCCUUGAACUGGAUGAUUACCAUGAAAAGGAGGUAGCCGACUUAACUGGACAGAUAGAAUUUGACCCAGAGCCUCAAGAAAAAUUCCAUCCUGUCUUAAAACCCGUCAGACCCUUGGAAGGACGAAUUGCCAGACUAAUUCAUGACCAACGUCCUCUGGAGGCUACUGUCCAAGAAAAACCACCUUCCUGUCCAGAUUGUACCCCUACAGUUUUGUGUACUUUUCACAGCUUUAUACCCAGUUCUGAAGAAAUGAGGGCACUUAGUGGUAACACACGGGCCAGCAUGACCCAUAAAAACCAGGACGCUGAAGAGAAGAUUAAGGAAGAACAAAGCUUGCUAUCUACUUAUGCACUUCCAUCUUGUUACCCAACAAAAGAGCUGACUGACAUAUAUGACAUAAAACCAUUUCCAAAAGUCACAGAUACUAAAAAGACAGAAGAUUUGUACUGGAGACAGCUGGCAUUAAAACCCCAACCUAUACCUUACGCUAAAGCAAACAAUUACAUUCACUAUGAACAUUUUAAAUCUGACCAGUAUACUAUGUGUCAAGAUCCUACUAGCCUUAGUAAGCCUGGUAUUUUACAGAAUAAACAAGGCACAGCAGCCUUCACCUUAGAACAGGUUUUCGGUAAGCCAGAAGAACAUCAGUUGGCUUUGAACAUGGAAAACAGCGAAGAAACAAGACCUAUUCUGGGUUGGAUUCCUAGAGUUGGAGUGGCCAAGCCUCAGACCAAUCUGCUGGACCUUAAGAACUCUUUUUCAAAAUCCGGUGUACGAAAACAUUUCCAUAAAUCAAUUCUAGAUGACCAUAAAGACCUCAGGGAUAAGGAGCAUUCAGGGAUGAAACACCAAUUCUAUGGCCAUAAUUCCUAUUAUUUCUACAAUUGAGAUUUUCAUGCAUUCCUUCAAAAUCCAUCCUCUUGCAAGAAAAGAAAACAAUAUAACAGAAUUUCCUUCUUCUUGCUGGAUUCUGUUUUCAAGAUAAGCCAUAAUGCCCUGGUUAAUGAAGUUUAUGUUUUCAGGAAUUUAAGUUAGGAUCUGGUCAGAGGAACCCAGAAAAGGUGAUGUUCUGACUUCUUGAAAAGUUUAACAAUUUGGCAAUAAAAUAUUAGAACUAGAAAAUUUAUAGUCUUUAAUCUCAUUUUCAAAUUGUAUCCACGAACAUUUUCCAAAAUCAUGAAAAGCAAUGUGUACAACAAAGCCUACAUCAUUUUACAAGAAUGAAAAUUUGAGAAAACUCAAAUACCCAAUAAUUGUCAGAUGCCUAUACAAACUACAGUACUUUAAUAAAAUAAAUAUGUGAACACUAUCCCUUUAUGUAAAUGAUUAUACGAAAUAACUUAGGUGGAAAAGACAAAACUCAAGUGCCCAGUUAACUGAAGGAUGGGCAACUGUACAAACUAUAUUAUAAAAUAAAUAUGUGGACCAUGUCCAUUUAUGUAAAUGGGUAGACAAAAUAAUAGUAAGUGGAAAAGAAGAAACCCAGAAUGCUCUGUAUGCACACAUUACAACUGAAAUAAGUUGGGUAUGUUUCCUUCCCUUUAACCUGAUAGAGAAGAGAAACAACCAUUUCUUUAAUGAAUAUAAAAUUAUUUUAUUGUGAAGAUCUAGCAAUGGCUUUAAUUAGUAACUGGUGAGUUCUAAUUGUUGCAGGAAAGAAUAGUUUAAUAUCAGUUAUUCUAAAGCCUAAAUCAUUAUUUUUGAAAGGUGUCCACCAAGAGUUUAGCUAACCACCAGAUGCAAAUCAACUCAUUUUACUGAGCUGGGAGGUACAUUUCACACAUAGUUUAUUAUGGAAAGUUCAUGAAGAAUUCUAUGAGUGUCUUAUUGAGAUUUCUUUUUCUUGUUUUAUGACCAACAUGUUGUUUGAUUACAUCCUCUUUAAAACUAUUCUUGGCUAAAGUUAUGGAAUUUUUCCCAAACUGCAUUCUGUGCCGCACUAGUUCCGAGAAAUUUAUGUGUUAUGGGAGGUAAAAAGUUACAUAGUAAAAUAAC